AUGUCACCAUACACAGCGAUAAUAAGACGGAGUGGUAAUCCUUUUGAGCUGGCUCACGUGCUAGUGUCAUGGCUGGUGGGAGCUGGCUACGACGCUUAUGUAGUAGUGGGUUGCGCUAAACGAGAUCUAUGCUUGGCCGUGCGAUAUAGAUCGCUGUGUCCAGAGAUACCAGAUGAAACUGAGGUUAUUGAAGAGCCACCGCCGCCAGAGGAAGAGCCGCGGUACCGAUUAGUACCUCUACCAGAUAUGACAUCAAAAUAUUGCCGGGACAUGGAUACAAAGGCAGCCGCGAUGCGACAAGCUGAAUUAGACAAGGCGGAGAAUGCACGGCUGAGAAAAAUUGCGGAACUUGAGAAACCACCGGACGAUCCGAUAGACGGCUGGCGUACUCACGCCUGGGUCCUUAUAUUGCCAGGGUUCAAGGGUAUUGAGGAGCCCUACUUUAUAGAACCCAGCGAGGGAAAGGGCCACCCGAUCAGCGCACCACAGUACCAAAAGCUGGAUAGUGUAUAUAAUCAUGAAAAUUACUAUGUGAAUCUGCAAGGCUGCGACGAAGGCCUGGGAUCAUUGAACUACGAUCUAGGAGAUAUAAGUUGUUGGGAGCACAUGCUUGCCGGCGAGCCGAACUAUCGACGACAGUUUGUUGGCAUUGACCUCGCGGAUAAGAAGACGGCCUAUGAUACUGAGAAGCACAUGUGUGUGCCCGCCAGCUGGGUUGAGAAGUUGGAUGUAACCGCUGACAAUUAUGAGCAACGCUAUCCCGGCAGCCAUAAGGUGAUCCAUUACAAGAAGGUAUUGCUCGAGAAAUUCGCUCCAUACUCUGAAAGGGACGGCAUUAUCAAGAGAAUCAAGAUAUUUGACGACUAUGCGCUUACUGUUCCUUUAUUAACAUAUGAAUGGUACAAGCACAGAGUUGAUAAAAUGGAGACAAUGAAGAUGGAUCAUCUCAGCAAAGAAGUGCGGGAGACAUUCAGUGUUGGAAGAAGAGAUAACUUAAUAAAGCACACAUACUCAUUGGAAGCUCCAAUAGUAUCCGUGGAGGGCGAAAGGACUCUAGAAUUCAACUACUAUGCGAGACUUGAUCAUCUCACGAAGCUGGUUUGCACGACAAGGACAUUUGACGAAUAUUAUACGAAAAGAAUUGAUAGGCUAGAGUCACGGAAGAUAACCUACUCGGAGCCGACUAAAGCAGAACCGAAACGUCAAGUCAAAGAUAUCAUAGAGACCUAUUCUAGAAACCACGAUAUCCCAUCGAAAGACGACAUUUGGAAGAAAAUAUUUCACCUCCCGGAAGAAACAAUUGAACUGCUCUACCAUUACGAUUAUAAUUUCGUGACAAACAACACGAGACACUUUUUAAAACCGAAUCUGGCUGAGACUGGUGGAAAGAUUCUGUUUUAUCCGGAUAAAACAUCCGGGUACAUUGCCGACCCGUGCGCUAAACAACCUCGACCAUUAGACGUGUAUUACGCUCUUUGUGACAAUAUGGAGUGGGAGAACAAGUCACGGAAACACAUCCGCGACAGAGAGACAGAUAUAAAUGGAUAUUUAAAGCAAAGACAUAAAGAAUUAACCGAGCCAAUGUUGGUGGUAGCUCUCUUUGAUACUGAAAGAAAUGAGGCAGCUAAGAAGGGAUGGAAAGAACAGGAAGCCCAAAAAGCAGAGGUAACAGAACGUGAAAAGGAAGCGGAAAUAGAUCCAUUGGCACCGUACUUGGCUCGGAUGUUUGGGUCUGGUCAUGGAAGUGGAGCGCCGCUCACAAUCAAAGAGGCUACACUGAUUAGGGAACAGUGUGUCAACGAUUUUAGAGCUAAACAAUUGGCCAGGCAAAACCUUGUUCAGGAAAGAUUUGAUACGCUCAAUGGAGAGUAUAAAGCAAAGAGAUUAUGGUAUCUCGCAAACCAGUUUAUUUUGACCCCUGAGAAGGAGAGCGCCUAUUUUGCUGCGAGUGCUGAACUGGCCUUCAAAGUCCACACUCUUGAGGUCAGACUUACACGACACAAGGACCUUUCGGCUCCUCGGUUUCAGUACAUGGAAGAGUACUUGUCUAAGCACCCGCUCCUUAGAGAAUAUAACAGGAUGAGACUUUAUUAUAGACUUAAAUAG